CUGAUAUAAUGUAUGUAAUUGUUUAUACCAUUGUGACUUUCUAAGCACACAUAUUAAUAAUAGGCCUUUUUCACAAAAGCUUUCACUGAGCUUGUUAUUUACAGUAUGUUUGCUUUUACUUCUGUGAGAUGAGAAAAUUCUUCAGAUCUUGAGAGCAAAAUGUCUGUUAACUCACAACAGUGAGGGACCAUCCUCGGAUGUCUCAAGACAAAAGGUGCAACCUGACUCCAACUUGCCUCUGUCUGAAAAAAAAAAACGUUGCUAAGGAGUUGCUACAGCAUCGCUUCAACACAUCUCACGUCGCACAUCUGUUGUUCGGCAAGCUGUUUAGAAGACUUCAUCUUACGAAAACACACAUAUGAUAGACCUGUGUCAUGGCAUAUCAGGAAACUACAGGACCCCUGCCUCAGGUUCCAGUGUAUUAUAUUGGGAUGCAUCCAGGCCAUAAUUUAGUAUGUCCAGCUCCAGUAAACCAUGAAGCAGCAGCUCCUCCACCAUACACGCAGCCUCCUACACUGCCCACACCAGGUCGACCUGUAGGAUGCCCACCUGGACUGGAAUACCUCACUCACCUUGACCAGCUCCUGGUUCAUCAAAGUGUCAACCUGGCUGAAAUUAUUACUGGCUGGGAGAUAAACAAUGCUUACACAAUCAAAAAUAGUUUGGGGCAGCAGAUAUUUGUGGCUACAGAGGACAAUGACAUCUUCAUCAUGCAGGCAUGCGGCCCUGCUCGACCUUUCACCAUUCGCCUGCACGAUAACACGGGACAGGAAGUCUUGACCCUGACUCGGCCUCUACGGUGCACCUUGUGUUGCUACCCCUGCUGCCUUCAAGAGCUGGAGGUGCAGAGCCCUCCAGGUAACCCCAUAGGUUAUGUGGAACAGAACUGGCACCCUGUUUUCCCCAAGUUCACUGUCCUGAAUGAGAUGAGGAAUCCCCAGCUGAAGAUCAAGGGCCCUUGCUGUAAUUGUAGGUGCAUUUCUGAUGUCAUCUUUGAGGUGACGUCUUUGGAUGAGUCAACUGUGGUGGGACAGAUCAGCAAGCAGUGGGGUGGAUUCAUGCAGGAAGGCUUCACAGAUGCAGAUAACUUUGGCAUCUCAUUUCCAAUGGAUCUGGAUGUGAAGAUAAAGGCUGUGAUAGUAGGAGCCUGCUUUCUCAUUGAUUUCAUGUUUUUUGAGGAUAAACCACAGCACAAUUAAUAAACAAUUCAUGACCUAAGCUUAAAACAGACUUUUUAAUGCAGUGUGCUGACUGAUUACAUCAUAACCUUGACUUUGCUCUGCUAUCCCCAGACAGCACCGGUAAAUAAAGAAUAUGCAAU